AUGCCAUCAUCAAACAUCCACCAAUCCCUCUACUCCACACUCUCAAAAUCACUAUCUUCAACCUCAACCAUCAAACAACUUCACAAGAUCCACUCACUUCUAAUCACUUCAGGUCUCCACCAAACACCAUUCUUCUCAGGCAAACUCAUCACCAAAUACUCUCACUUCAAACACCCACAUUCAUCUUCACUCAUUUUCACCACCAUAUCCCCUACAACCAAUGUUUACCAAUGGAAUACCAUCAUACGAGCCAUGACCCACAAUGGGUUGUUCACAGAAGCAUUAGAUUAUUACUAUUCAAUGAGGGUUUCGAAUAUUAAACCGGAUAAGUUUACGUUCCCUUCGGUGAUUAAUGCUUGCGCGAGUUGUUCAGGGAAGAUUGAGACGGCUAAGAUUGUUCAUGAACAUGUGUUGGAGAUGGGUUUUGGAUCGGAUUUGUAUAUCGGUAAUGCGUUGGUUGAUAUGUAUGCUAGAUUUGGUGAGCUUCGUGUUGCACGCCAGGUGUUUGAUGAAAUGCCGGAGAGAGAUGUUGUGUCUUGGAAUAGUUUGGUUUCGGGGUAUAGUGCGAAUGAGGAGUGGGAAGAAGCGUUGGAUGUAUUUUACCAGUCGAUAGUAGUUGGUGUGAGGGUGGAUUCGCUUAUGGUGUCGAGUGUUUUGGCUGCGUGUGGUGGGUCGGGUGGUUUUUCGGAAGGGCAGAUGGUUCAUGGGUUGACGGUUAAAGUUGGUAUUGAUGUUGAAACGCGAGUCUGCAACGGUCUCCUUUCGAUGUACUUUAAAUCCAACAACUUGAAAGAGUGUCGACGGGUUUUUAGUGAAACAGAUGUUAAAGAUGCUAUAACUUGGAACACUGUAAUCUGUGGUUACUCUCAAGCGUGCCUGUAUCGGGAAUCGAUAAACUUGUUUAUGGAGAUGUUGCAAGAACACAAACCAGAUAUUUUAACGGUUACUUCUGUUCUUCGUGCUUGCGGUCACACUGGCGACUUGAAAUCCGGAAGGUUUGUGCAUAAUUACAUGGAUUUAAACGGCUAUGAAUGUGACACGAAAACAAGUAAUAUCCUUAUCGAUAUGUAUUCCAAAUGCGGUUAUUUGCCAGCAGCAAGGGAGAUAUUCAACAAAAUGAAAAGCAGGGAUUUGACAUCAUGGAACGCGUUAAUCAACGGCAUUAUCAAAGCAUCGCAGUAUGAUGAAGCGUUGGCAACUUUUCGAGCAAUGAAAAUGGAUAUAAAACCUGAUUUUGUAACGUAUGUAACAAUUCUUUCUAUGUGUACACCGGCGAAGAACUUAAAGUUAGCACGAGAACUCCAUUGUGAAACAAUUAAAACCGGAUUUAACGCUUGUGUAAUUGUGAGAAACGCUCUCAUUGACGUGUAUGCUAAAUGUGGUAACAUGGAGGAUGCGCUGAACCAAUUUGAGAACAUGAACGAUCGCGAUAUCGUAUCAUGGAACACUGUUAUUUCCGCAUGUUCUCAUUCAGAAGAAUAUAACUUAGGGUUUAAAAUGAUAAGUCGAAUGAGACUCGACGGAAUACUACCAAAUAUGGCUACCAUUUUAUGUACAUUACCUCUAUGUUCAAAUCUAGGAGCAAAACGACAAGGUAAAGAGAUUCACGGUUGCGUUUUAAAGUCGGGUUUCGAGUCAAAUGUCCCAAUUUCGAACGCACUUAUCGAAAUGUACUCAAAAUGCGGUAAUUUGAGAAACUCACUUCUAGUUUUCGAGCAUAUGAAAAACCGAGAUGUUGUAACGUGGACUGCAUUGAUCUACGCGUAUGGAAUGUACGGUCAUGGCGUGAAGGCCACAACCGCGUUCGAGGAUAUGAAAGCUACAGGUAUCGUUCCCGACCAAAUCGCGUAUCUUGCCGUCAUCUUUGCAUGUAGUCAUUCAGGAUUAGUCGAACAAGGCCGGUUAUACUUCAGCCAGAUGAAAAACGACUACAACAUUGACCCACAGAUCGAACAUUACGCUUGUGUAGUUGACCUUCUUGCACGUUCCGGGAGGUUAACCGAAGCCGAAAAGUUCAUCCUUUCAAUGCCGAUAAAACCGGAUGCAAGCAUAUGGGGUUCUCUACUUAGUGCUUGCCGAGCAAGUGGACACAAGGAAAUAGCAGAACGCGCGUCGAAACAUAUUAUUAAACUAAAUUCAGAAAACACGGGAUAUUAUAUAUUAGUUUCAAACGCGUAUGCGUCGUUAGGGAAAUGGGAUCAAGUUAGAACGGUGAGAAAAUCGAUUAAAUCUAAAGGACUCAAGAAAGAUGCCGGUAAAAGUUGGAUCGAUAUCGAUAACAAGAUUUAUGCGUUUAGUAGUGGAGAUAAGUUUUUUGAACAAUAUGAAGAGGUUAAGAACUUGCUUGAGGUUCUUUACGAUUUAAUAGCAAAAGAAGGGUAUGUUGCUAACUUGAGAUCGGUAUUUCACGAUGUGAACGAAGAUGAGAAACGAGAUAUUCUUUGUGGGCACAGUGAAAGACUUGCAAUUGCAUUUGGAUUGUUAAAUACAAAAGCUGGAAUGCCGUUGCAGAUAAUGAAGAAUUUACGGGUUUGUGAGGAUUGUCAUACUGUAACAAAGUAUAUAUCGAAAAUUGUUCAAAGGGAGUUUUUGGUUAGAGAUGCGAAUCGGUUUCAUUUAUUUAAGAAUGGAUCAUGUAGCUGUGGUGAUUAUUGGUGAAGAAGAUAAGUUGCAGCCAUAGAUGACAUACACACAAAAGAUCAAUGGUGAUGGUUUUAUAUAUUGAAGACCGGACAACUUUCUGACACUGGAAAACUGGAAACAGAGGCGUGCAUAGGCCAGGAUGGGGACUAUGAGCUGCAGCUUUGGAGAGGAAAUACGCGCGCAUAUGCUGGUACUUGCUAAUCAGCUUCUCUUUAUCGGGCAAGGUCUCUUCAAUUACGGGGAUGUGAGAAAACCAUUCCUCCCAUGCUGAUAUAAGAGGAAACCGCUCUUCGUCCAAGAGUUUUAUACCACUUGUUUCUUCAACGACUUCAAGAUAAACGGCUAUCCAUCCGAACACAAGAUCUAAGAAUCCUAUUGUUUCUCCGUUGAAGAAUUUCUUUCCGGUCAGCUGUUUUUCAACGAUGACUAGCUUCUCUAUGGUAUGAGCCGUGCCUUUUCUUGCCCCACCCCUUGGGUUACAAAUGCUUACAAUACCGAUGCGAGGACCUACGUUUCAUGGAAUUUGUGUGUUAGUCAUCUUGAUUAUAAUCGAUAACUGAACCUGUAACUGAUGUUUCAGUUUUUAAUGAUCAGUUUCGGUUACAAACA